GGCGGGAGCCACACCUCAGCGCGCUGCCUGCCCUGUGCUCGGGGCUGGCCUCCCGCAGGAGCGGCCCUUCUCUGAGGCAACAGAGCCAUUACCGAGCGACGCCCUCGCGUCGGCCCGACCCCAAGGCCGGGAGCGCGGCUCUACGGGCAGCGCAGGUGCCGCGGGGGCGGGCAGCGCCGGCCCCGCUCCGCCCAGCGACAGAGGGGAGGGGAGGGAGGGCCGGCCCGGCGGCGGGCGCACCUGGACACCGCGGCGGCGGGGACGCGGCCGGCUCCGCGCCCCCUGACGGGGCUGCCAGCGCCGCGACCGGCCACAGCGCGCUCCCGCCGCCAUGUCGGCCCGGCGGCGGCGACGAGCGGACGCUGAUGAUGAGGAGGAGGAGGAGGAGGGAAAGAAGAAGGAGGAGGAGGAAGAGGAGGAGGAGGACGGCAGCGACAGAGAAGUGGAUUUGGAUGAAGGACUCGUUGAUUUGGAUCUCAGAAAUGAUUCAGAUACUCCUGAUGUUCCACCGCCAACAGACAGCACUCCAGAAAUCCUCAAAAGGGCUUUGUCCGGCUUGUCUGCCAGAUGGAAAAACUGGUGGAUUCGUGGAAUUCUAUCACUAGCUAUGAUUUCCAUGUUUUUUCUGAUCAUCUACAUGGGAUCUUUCAUGCUGAUGCUUCUGGUCUUGGGCAUCCAAGUGAAAUGUUUCCACGAAAUCAUUACUAUUGGUUACAGAGUGUAUCACUCGUAUGAUUUACCAUGGUUCAGAUCCCUCAGCUGGUAUUUCUUGCUGUGUGUCAAUUACUUUUUUUAUGGGGAGACUGUGGCUGACUACUUCGGUACUUUUGUUCAGAGAAGAGAACAGCUUCAGUUCUUAAUUCGUUACCACAGGUUCAUCUCUUUUGCACUCUACUUGGCAGGCUUCUGCAUGUUUGUUCUGAGUUUAGUGAAGAAACAUUAUCGCCUGCAGUUUUACAUGUUCGCAUGGACUCAUGUCACUUUGCUGAUCACUGUAACUCAAUCUCAUCUAGUCAUCCAAAAUCUCUUUGAAGGCAUGAUCUGGUUUCUGGUGCCAAUUUCGAGUGUUAUCUGCAAUGACAUUGCUGCUUACAUUUUUGGAUUCUUUUUUGGCAGAACUCCAUUAAUUAAGCUGUCACCCAAGAAGACCUGGGAAGGGUUCAUUGGAGGUGGCGUCUCCACAGUUCUAUUUGGAUUUGUUUUUUCCUAUUUCUUGGCUCAAUAUCAAUACUUUGUCUGCCCAGUGGAAUAUAACAGUGAAACCAACAGAUUUGUGACAGAGUGUGAACCUUCAGAGCUCUUCCAGCUGAAGAAAUACUCUGUGCCACUGUUGCUUCAGGCAGUGUUGGGAUGGGAAACAGUAAAUAUGUACCCGUUCCAGAUGCACAGCAUUGCACUGUCAACAUUUGCCUCGCUAAUUGGGCCAUUUGGAGGAUUCUUUGCCAGUGGAUUUAAACGAGCUUUCAAAAUCAAGGAUUUUGCAGACACGAUCCCUGGGCACGGUGGCAUAAUGGAUCGCUUUGAUUGUCAGUACUUGAUGGCUACUUUUGUUCAUGUCUACAUCACCAGUUUCAUAAGGGGCCCAAAUCCCAGCAAAGUACUGAAGCAGCUGUUGGUCCUUCAGCCCGAACAACAACUCAAUGUGUACAGAACCCUCAAAUCUCAUCUUGUUGAAAAAGGGAUCCUGCAGCCAUCUCUGCGAGGAUAGUUUGUCCAAACAGAGGGAUGGUGAGAAAAAGACAUUCAGACGUCGUCUGUGGAAAAGCACUGUAAGUGUGCACAGAGGUAAUGGCUGAAGGAAGAAUACGUCAUGAUCUGGAGGAGGUGAAUGUUUCUUUCCUUAAAGGAAUGCAAAUGCUGUGACUUUCCAGUAGGAUACAGGAGAACAGUUAUUCUUAAAAUAAUUAAAAUGCUUACAGAGUAACAGUACAUGUGCUAUGUAUUUUAUUUCCCGCACUGAAUGGUAGCAGGCCUUCUUCAGCACCUGGCCUGACAAUAUUUGUGUUUUAACAAGUCCUUUGUAAGAUGUCCUGGAUUAGAACAGCAGGACUGAACUUACCAUGAGCUGUACAUCCAGCCAACGUCAAUGAAAUUUCUCACCUUGCUGGUGGCUUUUAAUGAGUUCUCCAUUACUGUACGUCAUAGCAAUACUUUUUUGGUGUAAAUUGGUUACUGAAGUAAAACUACAGCAGAGGCAGAUGGUUGCUCAUAUAACCAGCUGGGUGUUGAAGACUAAGUUUGCCUGGUCAAAGCAGUGCCGAUAGACUGCUCUGUCAGACCUCCCGUAUUUACUGAGUCACUGUGAAGGUGAAACUUGCCCUGCUUUUAAGUAAUCAGCUUUCUUAUGAAACUACUUCAUCCUUUCAAGAGGGAGAUAUCCGUACUGGAGCACACUGAGCUGAUCAGACUGUGGAGCUGCUGGUUUUUAAGAUCAAUGUUAUGGACUGUAAAGAAGCGCAUACGUCCAGGAGCAGUAAUUACCAGAAGGUGGGAUUCUCCAACCCUAUAACUGGAUGGAAAAGAAUUUGGAGCUGAAUAUGUUGGUUUCCACAGGAUGAUCGGUGUCUGAAGACAUUAUUACUAGCCUUAUUCCUUGUGCCUAUUUACUACUGUGUAGAAGGGGAUUUUUUCUCCCUUUUAAAUGCACUUUGAGGUGAUGUUUUAUUCGUGUCUUACUGAGUAAAGGCAGAAACUUUUAUCUCAUGAAUGUGCACCGUGCAAGACGAUGCAUGGCUCUGCUGUUGCAUGGUACUAUUGACUAAGAGGAUCUUCAAGGAAGCCUGGGCAACAACAUAGGGAUUCAAAUGAAUUUCUGAAGGAGGCAGCUACUGAGUAGGAUUAGUGGGAGACACAAGAAAAGCUGAUGCUCUGUGUUUCUCAGUCCUGGCCAUUUUCUAACAGCUUAAUGCAAAUGCCAGUUCUAACUUGAUUCGAUGUAGUUUUUCCAACCAAUUGUGAAUAAGUUUCUCCUGCAGUGAACACAUCAAUGCAUGUGUGUGUGUAAGGUAAAAGUUUUUAAAAGGUGCUACUUGAGAAACCAAACAUGGCAAAGACCCUAGCAUGGAUGAUGGGCUACGUCCAUAGCAUUGAGGCAGGUUCUUUUGGAUACGGUGCAGCUGUUUUUGCUUUGUUUUACACUCAGGCCCACAACACCUUGUGUGCUGUGAGACUGGGGAAGUGUCAUUAUGUGUGGCUGUGAGAUGAAAAUCCGGCCCUAAAGUAAUCCCUGUUGAUGCCAGGUAGCUGGCAGAACUAAAUUCUUUAUGGCACUCCCUACAGGUGGAGGCUGCAGGGCUUUGUGGCGUAGCUGGAGGUUGAAAGGUGUCAUGGCCUGGGAAUGUAUGACUUAGGGAAAGGAGCUUGAGUGAGAAGGAAAGUGAAAUAGGGGUGUGUGCAUCAGAGAGGAUGACCCCAGUAGCAUACCUCGAAAAUGAACUUGUCAGUGAGGCUUGGGUUGUGUUCAGGACUUUUGGAUUUGCUUAUGGAAAAAUGCAGCUUUCCUGGAGCUGGCGUAUCUUCAUCCUGUGUUUAAAAAUUAAAAAUAUAUAUAUAUAUGGAAUACAUAUGGAAAGGUAAUUGUUGCUUCUGAAACUUGAACUUUCUAGUGUAAUUUUACAGUAUGUAUAAUAAGGAAGUUGAGCUUAUUUUAGCACUUAGUACAACAGAGCAUUUGAAAUCUGUUGUAAUCUGUUUGCACAGUAGAAGCUCUGACGCUGCAGUUCUGCUGUUCAAAGUUAAAAUGAAGAAGGGAUCGCUUCUGAACUCAUUAUUCGCUCUUUCUAGAAAGAAUAAAGGCAUUCUGCUGGCUUAGGCUUUGUAAAUACAGCUUGGCAGGGCCUGUCACUGUCAAGUGACAAUGACGUUUGCUCACUAUGAAACGCGUUUAUCCCAGUUGUUACUUCAGCUCGUUCAAGCACUACAAUGUGAUCAACAGGACAGGGUAACUUUUGCACCAGUGAUUCUUUUCACUCACACUUUUGUUAAAAGUUGCUGUAAUUACUUAUUGAGCAAAAAAAAGUUAUCUGUAAAUACUGUAAAUGUUUUGAGCAUAUAAUGUCUGUUAUAGUUUGUUCAAUCUUUCAUUGGAGCAGGCAUUGUAAAAAUAAAAAUGGGAUGUAAAUCCUC